ACGUUUAGCGCUCGUAGCUUCUCCGGCGGACGGACCGCCCACUUUUUUCAGGACGAACCUCGUCCCAAAAAGUUGAUAGUCAAGGGCUAUGAAUGGAGUAGAACGGUGUCUUUAUUAAAAAUCUUUUGAAUUUGAGUGUUUAUGCCGCUUUCGUAAGGGGUUUCGGAGCGCGCCCGGGCUUGUUUUUCGGGACGUUUCUCCUCCAUAUGAAGCGGUUGAGAAAUGCCUUGUGAAAUGUUACAUCCUGACCCGAUGCCUCCGUAGGUUGCUGCGACCGCAAAGCCAAGUCUCAAACGUCUCUGUCCGCUCUGGGGUCCAGCGAUGUGGAUCUGCUUGCUUUACAACGAGACGGAAACCAGCGUGGACUUCCGGCUGUGCCAGGACCUGGGCCUCAUCGUGUCCGUGCUGUCGCUGGUCUACCUGCUGGCGUGCUUCCCGCUGGGCCUGUGGUCCAACGUGCUGCUGGUGGCCGUCAACCUCUCCAACAAGGUGUCCAUGACCAUGCCCGACGUCUACUUCGUCAACAUGGCCAUCGCGGGGCUGGUGCUCAACUUGGUGGCGCCCGUGGAGCUGCUGAGCUCCACCUUCACCCGCUGGCACGCGUGGGAAUACACCAACGAGGUGUACAUCACGCUGCUGAUCCUUUUCAACAUCUCCUCGCUGGUCAUCAUGUACUCCACCACGCUGCUGAGUCUGGACUACUACAUCGAGCGGGCCCUGCCGCGCACGUACAUGUCAAGCGUGUACAACACCAAGCACGUGUGCGGCUUCAUAUGGGGCGGGGCCGUCCUCACCAGCUUCUCCUCGUUGCUCUUCUACGUGUGCAACCACAUCUCCACCAAAAUGGUGGAGUGCUCCAAGAUGCAGAACAAGGAGGCGGCCGACGCCAUCAUGAUGUUCAUCGGCUUCGUGGUGCCCGCCGUGGCGGUGCUGUACGCCUUUGUUCUCAUCCUGCGGAUCCGGAAGGAGUCCACGCCGCUGGACCAGGACUCGGCCCGCUUGGACCCAUCCAUCCACCGGUUGCUCCUGGCGUCCGUGUGCGUUCAGUUCGCGCUGUGGAGUCCGUACUACGUGACGCUGCUGGUGCAGACGGUGGCCGGGGUGCCCGGGUACGCGAGCGGCGCGCGCUAUCUCCCCACCUACUACUUCCUGCGCUGCGUGUCCAAGCUGACGGCGUUCUCCAGCAGCUUCGUCAUGCCGCUCAUGUACCGCCAGAUGAACAAGAACUUCUCUGACAAAUUGCGGCGGCUGCUGGCCAGGCUGCGCUGCCGGGACCGGUCCUUCCCCCACGAACGUUCCACAGUGCAGCACGUGGUCACGUGAAGCUUCCCGGCGACAUUUCCGCACACCCCCAGCACUUAUUGAAUCCCCCCGCCUCCCCCCUCACAUCCCUCCAGAGCCAGUAUCUUACCGCCUCGCGCUAGCCGCCCCCGGGACUGCGUUAAAGGGGGACAUAGCAAACUGUGGAAUUUCCUGUCACCUUCCGGAGCACAAACCGACAGAUCCAAGAAACCACUAAGUGCUACCAUUUUUUGUGUGUGUGUGUGUGU